AUGAAAGAAGAAGGCCAAGAUGCGCUGGUCGACUACGACAGCGAUAGCAGCUUUAUCACGGUAAUAGAUAGAGAAACAAAAGAUAAAAACGAGGAGACAGUAAGAAAAGAUAGAGAAGCAAAAGAUAAAAAGGAGAUGGAAAGAAGAGGUGCAAUCCCGAAAAAGAACUUGCCUAAAGUCAGAGAGAAUAUAGAUGUGACCAAAGCAUGGGAAGAGAACCGUCCAGUACUGCCAAUUGGAACCAAAAUAUUAUAUGAAAAGCAAGAAAAAUUGGUCGCAAAAAUGGACAAUUCGAUGCAGAUGCUGGAUAAAGUAAUGACGAAGGCCACCGAGAUGAUGGAGAAUAUGGUGGAAGUCUCCUGUUUAAACUUAGAGAAAGAAAAAGUUAAACUUAGACGUUUAGAGGUAAGCAAUAAAGAUACCCAAAGUUCAGUAGAAAACAGUAAACAAACGGUUAAAGAACUAGAGGUAGAGUCUAAAAAGAAAAAAUUAAAUGAAAUAACAGUCUGUUCAGCCGAAAAAGAUAGGAGUUUAGAGACAAUAAAAAGAGCUAUAGAAUUGGAAUUGAACAGUCAAAGAGAAUAUGAAUCAUGUGAAGAUGCGGUACCCCUCGCAGAACAAGAGAUUAGAUCUGCACUUUAUCAGGCUGUGUCAAUUAAUGUACCAGAGCUGAGGAAUGUAGAUUUAAUUAGAAGAUAA